UUAGGUUUAGCACAUGGAUUUGUGUCAAGUGGAUUGUUUAUAUGUGCAGGAGGAGUACUUUAUGAUAGAUCAGGUACUAGAUUAAUUUACUAUUAUAAAGGAACUGCUCAGGUAAUGCCUUUAUUUUCCAUACUUUUUUUCAUUCUGUCUUUAGGUAACUGUGGAGUACCUUUAACUUUAAAUUUUGUAGGGGAGUUUAUGUCUCUUUAUGGUACAUUUGAAAGAUUACCUGAAUGA